AUGGACCACGAGACUUCAGGUGCUCAAGAAUGGCACUUGCCUGGAUACGGACGUAUCGCAACCAAGCCAGCCAUUCGGCACACUGCUAGUGAAACUCGAGAAUCGACUUCUAAGCCCCCCACUCCGAAGAAACCCCAGAGUCAACAACCAAAAGAUGGAGUACCGAUUGAGAUACCAAGUGGAAAGCCGUCGUUUGAAAACUGGCAAAGAGGCCCGCCUCGCCCACAGAGAGGACGCGGUGGGUUCCGUGGUAAAUCGUCAUCUGCAGCGCCUUUCUCGUCGCGUCAGUCAAGGAACCUCUUUCAGGACUCUCCUUCGAAGUCAAAAUGGAGGGCCGGCAGCGAACCAGCCUAUUCCAUGAAGCUACCCGCCACCUUUGGCUCCUUCAAACAUGAGUUUUUUGGGGUGGCUAGAACGCAUAUUUUAGGCGGAGGCCAUUCGGAAGCCCAUGCUCGGCAGGAGGUAUUUGACGCCAUCAACAAGAAAACCGGUGCAUAUGUGAAAUCACCAUACUAUGAUGAGUCUGCCAUCUGCAUAUGGGGCGAGACAGCUCAGGUUACUGCAGCCAAAGAACUUCUCGAAGGCAUCCUUUCGAAGUGCAUUAGCUUACAACGCACCUCCAACAGCAAGAGAUUUGACUGGUCAAAGAUCGCCGCCUACUCUGACAAAAAAGAGGCAACUGCUGAGAUGAGAGAGAAGCACGAGAGCAUGGUGGUUCAGCUAAGGAAGAAGCCGGACAUGCCUUACGUGUUUCCGGAGCAGCUCCUAUUCCUCUGGCCCAAGGAAGGUCCGUCCAUCAAAGAGGCACUUGGACAAGAUCUCGAAGCUCUUGACCUCAUACGAUCCCAGUUCUUCUGUCAUGUUUUUGUCUUAAAGGAUGUGCCGGAUUUCAUUUGUGUCCUCGGUAAUGACCAUGACACGAUAAAGCAAAUCGCCCACCGUUUAAGGACCAAGUGGGCUGAAGUAACCGCCAACAGCAAUAUCAGAUCCAAGAUUUACAUCGUUGAGCCACCGGAUGCAGGAUACAUGAAAGGAAGGGUCGUUGUUGAAGAGAGCGACUCUCUUCAUAAGGCCUCGCUUUCAGGAAGCCCGUUGAAGGGACCCCAGGUGGAAUACUGGCGCAACCGAGCGAAGCUCAUACGCUCGAAAAACGAUGAUCGCAUUCUAAGCGCCAUUGAAAAAUCGCUGAAGGGGCUUGUUUUCGUGCGCGGGUAUCUGCGAAUGCGAGUGAACCUUGGCUCGUUUAUCCUUGAGAAUUACAGACUCCCUGCCGAUAAUAAGCCAUCUUAUGGCUUUGAAGAGUUUAGGCAGAUGCUUCUCAAUGAAAACACCAAAGGCCGAUUGAUCCCAGGAUUGAAAGUUGACGAAAUGGAGCUUCUAUCCAGGUGCUACAAAGCAACUCAUCUCUUCGAGCCUUGCGAGAACACAUCUGCUUCGUUGAAAGACGUUGAGCUUGCGUACUCUGUCAAUUUCGAGUUUCUAGGGUCCAACAAUUCGAUGCUCCGGCUGGAAGCAGAAUUUUCUAGACGUCCCGGCGCCCAGGAGUACGAGAUUACUCAGAGGCGAUGGCUUAGACCGAGGGCGAGUGGCCAGUAUAUCGAGGGACAGUCCCCUUUACAGAUUGGGGUCAUUGAUUUUGAAAGAUCGGACUGGCAGCUUGAAGUCAAGUCUCUCGAAUUCUACGAAGCAUCUUCAAUUGACGCUGCGCUGAAAUCGUUUUCGCAUUCAAUCGGUUUCCGCCGCUCCUCCACCAUGGGUGACAUCUGCGCGAAGCCCCAAAGGAAGGUGGUAUUUCCCCCAUCCGCUCCCGUGGCCAGGUUUGUUGAAAAGACCGCCAUACGUUAUCGGCUGAAAGGCACGGAAUACAUUUUUGAGAUUGCCCGAUAUGAUGAGUAUGGUCGCAUCAAUGCCCAGGGGUUUCCGGGGCAGAGCUUGGCAUCUAUGACGUGCGAAAUUUCUGAUAUCCCCUCGACAUCAUGGGGUGCUUCGGUGUUUGCUGCUAAUUGGGACAUGUUGCUGGGACAGCAUGGUGACUUAUCCGUCGGACAUUCGGCGCAGUACAAUACCAACCUCGAUACUUUCUUCCCAACUCAGACAGCGACGCCUUUUGAAGGCAAGCAUGCGGGUUUCUGGGAGUUUAUCACUUUGGUGAAGGAACUAGCCGCAAUGCUAGGCUCGACUGCCCCAAAUUCUACCCCAAACGUGGCCAGUAUCAAGAAUCCAGGGACUUUGCUGCAGACGGACCUGGGGACUUUGUUCUGA